CUCCGCCCCACUACUCACAGGCUGUUUCAGGACAAGUUCAGUUCCGUGGAGUGCCCCGAUAUAAUCAGACUUGUCAAACUCCGCUGGAUGUAUAGGGUCUGAGGAGCCCAAGCCAUGGUUAGUAUGUCCCGCUCGUUUUGUGGUUUUCCCGCAACUUUCCGGAGAUGGUACUCAGCCAGCUACAGUCCUUCCCAGGUAGGAAAGAUCACUUCUUUUGAUUACAUCAUCGUUGGAGCUGGAUCUGCAGGCUGUGUGCUAGCCAACCGACUCUCUGAAGAUGCCACUGCAUCUGUGCUUCUUCUGGAGGCUGGUCCAAAAGAUAUAUUUUUGCAUAGCAAACGCUUCUCCUGGAAGAUCCACAUGCCUGCUGCUUUAACCUACAACCUCAGCAAUGACAAAUUAAAUUGGUAUUACCACACUCUCCCCCAGAAGCACAUGAAUAAUCGGAUCAUGUACUGGCCUAGGGGCAGAGUUUGGGGGGGCUCUUCAUCCCUCAAUGCCAUGGUAUAUAUUCGUGGGCAUCCUGCCGACUACAACAGAUGGCAAGAAGAAGGUGCAGUGGGCUGGGACUAUGCUCACUGUCUUCCAUAUUUCAAGAAGGCCCAGUGUCAUGAAUUGGGACCUGAUCUCUACAGAGGGGGUAGUGGUCCACUGCAUGUCUCCAGAGGCAAGACGAAUCACCCCCUCCAUUAUACUUUCAUUGAAGCUGGACAACAAGCUGGGUACCCCUUUACAGAUGAUAUGAAUGGGUUUCAGCAGGAGGGGAUGGGCUGGAUGGACAUGACCAUUUAUAAAGGUCAGAGGUGGAGCACUGCCGUUGCUUACCUCCAUCCAGCCUUGAGUCGAAAAAACCUGAAGUGCGAGGUGAAGGCGCUAACUACCAGAAUACUCUUCGACGGUACAAAGGCGAUUGGAGUGGAGUACAUUCAGAAUGGGCAAAAGAAGAAGGUAUAUGCGGAUAAAGACAUCAUCCUGAGCGGUGGUGCUAUCAACUCUCCACAGCUAUUGCUGCUUUCAGGAAUCGGGAAUGCGGAUGAACUUAAACAGCUGGACAUUCCUGUAGUAGCUAACCUUCCAGGGGUUGGGCAGAAUCUUCAAGAUCACCUUGAACUGUAUGUGCAGCAGAAGUGCAAGCAGCCCAUCACCCUUUAUCAGGCGCAAAGACCCCUAAAUAUGCUCAAAAUUGGCUUGGAGUGGUUAUGGCGCUUCACAGGGUAUGGAGCCACAGCUCAUUUAGAGAGUGGUGGAUUCAUCAGAAGUCGUCCUGGUGUCGCCCACCCAGAUAUUCAAUUUCAUUUCUUGCCCUCUCAGGUUAUUGAUCAUGGGAGAGUCAAUUCACAACAAGAGGCUUAUCAGGUUCACGUGGGACCCAUGAGAAGCACCAGUGUGGGCUGGCUGAGACUUCAGAGUAGAAACCCCCAGGAGCCCCCACUUAUUGAGCCUAACUACUUAUCUACUGACACUGAUGUUCUGGAGAUCCGGCUGUGCAUCAGGCUUGCACGAGAAAUCUUUGCACAAAAGGCAUUUGAUGCCUUCCGUGCUGAGGAGAUCCUGCCAGGUAGCAGCGUCCAGUCCGACGAGGCCAUUGAUGCAUUUGUGAGGGAGAAGGCGGACAGUGCGUAUCACCCGUCUUGCUCCUGCAAAAUGGGUUCAGGUUCAGACCCCAUGGCUGUGGUUGACCCCCACACCAGGGUUUAUGGAGUUCAGAACCUGCGGGUAGUUGAUGCAUCCAUCAUGCCAAGCAUCAUAAGCGGGAACCUUAAUGCUCCUACUAUAAUGAUAGCAGAGAAGGCCGCUGACCUCAUCAAGGGCCUGCCAUCACUCUGUGAUCACAGUGUGCCAGUCUACCAGCCUAAGACCCUGGAAACACAGCGUUAGCAGGUGUAUUCUUUCAGAAAUGGCAGCUAACAUGGACCGAUGGGACCAGUGGGCAGUUAACACCCUCAAGCUGGAGGUGAGGCACUCAGUUCUUAAUGAGAAAUGGAGACACUGCUGCUGACUAAAUAUCAGAGUACAAAUGUUUGUGUUUGAGCCCCUGCCACAAUGAGCCAUGUGCCCCCAAUACAGUUUAUGUCCCCUGAAGGAACUGGAAUUAUUAAAUACAGGAUGCAGUUUAUGUGGAAGGUUUAUAACUCGGAGGAGCAGGUUUGGAAUUAAGAGGGUGAAAGAACUUUAGACUAAAGGUUAUUUAAUUUUGCACAGCAUUGCUUUUAACCCGUACACAGUCUAGUACUUUUUAUGGCUGCUGGACCC